UACAGUUUACCACCCCUUACCUCAGAACUCAAGAAACUCUCUCAGAUUUGAUUUAAAGAUUUAACUUCAUUUAACUCAAGAAAUGUCAAAAGCUUUAACUUCAUUUAAUUCAAGAAAAUUCAAAAGCAUUACGACUCUACUAAAGGCUAAAGCAACGCUAAUCUCCAAGCUAAAGGUUGCUGAAUGCCUUUAUUACCUUGUUAUCUCCAUCUAACCAACCUAUUACCUCAUUCAUUACUACAAAGAAAACUAGGCAAAUUUCAAAGUUACUUUUCCCACCAUGGAAAUGUGACAUUCGUCUUCACAGAGCUUUAGUCCAUGCAGAAAAUCCAAUGCUAAAACCUUCUUGAUCUUGACACGAAAUUUGUAACUGAUAAUAGUCUCUCAAGUUCUCUACUAUAAAAUCUCAGGUUUAUCACCUUCACUUCUGUACUCAAUCACAGUAAUACUGUGAAGAAAUGUUCAUUAUAGUUGUCAUCAUUUAAGUCUGCUUUCAUACAAUGAAAAACCCAUUGACUCCAUUCAACAAGUCAUUCUCUGUUUCUCUGUUUUUUCUUGUGUUCUUCUUCUCUGGUGUUGACAGCUUGAAUCUUGUUUCUUCUUCUCCUUCCUCCUGCUUCUCUUCUUCUGUUUUUGUAGGUCAACAGAAUGGAGACGGUUCCAAGAAGUACGAGGAGCGCGCAAGAUCCAGUUACCUUUGUUCUGGGGUUAGCAAUAAAGUUGCUGCGGACAACAAUUUCGCUCCAUCACUUCUGCCACCAUCAACCUCGAGUUCGCAUAUAUACAGAGCAUCUCUUUCAAUGCAUAAUAAGCCUGCACAUGUAUAUACACCACCACAACCUUCAUCUUCCACCUAUGGAACUCCCUCGAGAAAACCUUCAAACGUACCUAAACAUCCUUCUCCAGCAUAUAGGGCCUCUCAGAAGGUGUCUUAUGCAAAUAAUCAUCAACCAAAGGUCUAUAGAAGAUCACUAUUGAAACUGCUACCAGCUUCAACUUAUCAUCAACCUCCUACAUCUCCACCACCUGUUCAAACUCCGCCAUCUCCACCGCCCGUUUACAAGCCUCCACCACUAGAGAAACCACCUAUACCAGUGUCACCCCCACCGGUUUACAAUCCUCCUCCAGUCGAGAAUCCACCUAUACCAGUAUCACCUCCCCCAGUAGAAAAUCCACCUAUACCAGUGUCACCUCCUCCGGUUUACACGCCACCGCAAGUCGAGAAUCCACCUCCACCGGUUUACAAUCCUCCGCCAGUAGAAAAACCACCUAUACCAGUAUCUCCUCCACCAGUAGAAACACCACCCACCCCAGUGUCUCCACCAAGUUACAGUCCUCCAUUGAAUCCGCCUAUUGAAAAACCACCUCCUACUCAUAAGCCUCCUGUCUAUAGUCCACCUAUUAGCUCCCCUCCUGUUUACAAACCGCCAGUAAUCCCUCCAAUCCACAAACCUCCAAUUGUCAAGCCGCCUGUUUAUAAGCCUCCAGUGAAACCUCCACCUAUUCACAAGCCUCCAAUUGUUCCUCCAACCCCACCCACUCCUAUCUAUUCACCUCCACCAAUCCGGCCACCGGCUCCUGUCUACUCACCUCCACCAAGUCCACCACCUGCUCCUGUCUACUCACCUCCACCACCAAUAUAUUCACCUCUCCCAAGUCCACCACCUACUCCACCAUCCGCUCCUGUCUACUCACCUCCACCAAGUCCACCGCCCGCUAAACCUGUAUAUUCACCUCCACCAAGCCCACCACCCGCUCCUGCCUACUCACCUCCACCAAGUCCACUACCUCCUAAACCGGUAUAUUCACCUCCACCAAGCCCACCACCUGCUUCUGUCUACUCACCUCCACCAAGUCCACCACCACCUCCUAUCUACUCACCUCCACCAAGACCAGUGCCUCCUAAACCAGUAUAUUCACCUCCAUCAAGUCCACCACCUACUCCUGUCUACUCACCUCCACCACCAGUGUAUUCACCUCCGCCAACCCCACAAUUACCUCCUCCUCCUGUAUACCAUUAUCCCUCACCUCCUCCUCCAAGCCCACCACCUACUCCCAUUUACUCACCUCCUCUACCAAGUCCACAACCUCCCACCCCGGUAUAUUCACCUCUACCAAGUCCACCACUACCUCCUCCUGUAUACUCACCUCCACCAAAAAUACCUCCUCAUGUUCCUAUUCACAAACCUACACCAAGUUUGCCAUCUCCUUCUCCCGUUUAUAAACCUACUCCAAUACCUUCUCCAGUGCCAAAGUUGCCGCCACCAACCCCCACUUACCAACCACCCCCUAGCUUACCGCCACCAACCCCCACUUACCAACCACCCCCUAGCUUACCUACACCACCCCCUAGCUUACCUCCACCAACACCCACUUACCAACCUCCCCCUAGCUCACCAGGAUAUGGAAGUCCUCCACCUUCUGGGUAUCAUUAAAUUUUCAAUAAAACUGCUUGUAACAGUUAGAGUUGUAUCGACUGUAU